UCGGUUGUCUUCAAAGAGCCAAAAGUCACAUCACUGCUUUGAACAGAGAAGCUGAGUUGGUUUGGAACACUCCCCCUGAGUCACGUGACUUCCGCAUUCAUCUGACGUCUCACGCGCUUUCUUCUCGCCUGGACUUGGUGACGUGUUUGUAGACUCAGGAUGACUCAGAUAAACCAUCAGCAGUGGGGACAGGUUCCUGGCCUCGGCAGCGUGGACAUGUGGAUCCUCCAGUCCUCCCAGCUGCGGGUCGAGAUCCUGACCCUGGGUGCCGUUAUAAAGUCUGUGUGCUGCAGAGGGAAACAUGGGCAGAUGGAAGAUGUUGUCCUAGGCUAUGAUGACCUGGAAGGUUAUGUGUCAGAUAAACGGUAUCUGGGUGCCGUUGUGGGUCGCGUGGCAAACAGGGUUGCAAAAGGACGCUUUGUGGUAGAAGGAAAAGAGUACCAGCUAGAUACCAACAAUGGACCAAAUGCACUGCAUGGUGGCCUGCAGGGCUUCAAUAAGGCAAUCUGGCUUGCUACAGAGGUGGAAGGUGGCGUGAUCCUCAGUCUUACGAGUCCAGACAGAGAUCAGGGCUAUCCUGGUGAGGUUCAGAUCUCUGUCUCCUACACUCUACAGGGGGAAAAACUAACUGCUGACUACCGAGCCCGGUCCACCAAAACCACCCCCAUCAACCUCACCAACCACUCCUACUUUAACUUAGCUGGGCAGGGAGCAGCAGAUAUCUAUGAUCAUGAAGUGUCCAUCAAUGCACAGUCUUACUUGCCUGUUGAUGAUACAUCAAUUCCUACAGGAGAGAUCCGGGCUGUGGAGAACACACCUUUUGACCUCCGAUCGCAGGUUCCUGUUAGUGCCCGGCUGAAGGAAGUUCCCGGCCUAGGCUUUGACCACAAUUUCUGCUUGUGUUCCCCCAGAGAUGACUGGAGAGAAAGACAUGCUGCCAGAGUGUUUCACCCACCCAGUGGGCGUGUCCUGGAGGUGUCUACCAGCCAACCAGGUGUCCAGUUCUACACUUCCAAUGUUCUGGAUGGUUCUAUCAGAGGAAAGGGUGGUAUGAUGUAUGGGAAGCACAGCGCUUUUUGUUUGGAGACACAAAACUGGCCUGAUGCUGUUAACCAGGAUUCCUUUCCUGACUGCCUUCUGCGUCCUGGCGAGGAAUACCAUCAUGUCACUCACUUCACCUUCACCACAGUCUGACCGACAGCCAUGAUUCAAAGGGUGAACUGGAAGAGAUAUUUAGGUUAACAUUUGGUUGAUGACUACUGUUGAUGUGAAGUUCUUCAGGAUAAAAUAUAAUAAAGUAAUGGCUACAUAGUUGGUCGUUACUCUUCACAAA